ACUGGCUCCCCAGGGACGACCCCGGGAUCCCCCGCCGCUCAGCGCGCCAAGUCCCUUGUGGGCCGGAUUUCCACUACCCGGGGCCCCACUUCCCGCCCCUCCGUCCGCGCCGCGCCCUUCGCGCACGCAGCCCCUCGUGCAGGUCCGGGGUGGCAGCGCGCCGGGAGGCGCUCUCGGGCAGGUGCGCCAGGCCCCGCGGUUGUCGGGGUCGCUAAGGCUGCUGAGGUCUCCGGGUCCCGCGUCCGCACCCGACGGAGGCACGAGGGCCCCGCCCCGGGGCAGGCGGAGCCGCUCGCCCCGCCCUCCACGCCCUCCCCCUGGUGGCUCCGAUAUAAAGUUCCUCUUUCUCACCUCGCGCUGUUUCUGCCCUUGAACUGGGGUCCGCACAGCGCCCUGAGCCCCGAGUCCCGGCGAGCGCGUGGUGAAGCGGCUCCGGCAGCGCGCUCGGCAUGAACCUGGAGGGCGGCGGGCGCGGCGCGGACUUCGGCAUGAGCGCGGUGAGCUGCGGCAACGGGAAACUCCGCCAGUGGCUGAUCGACCAGAUCGACAGCGGCAAGUACCCGGGUCUGGUGUGGGAGAACGAGGAGAAGAGCAUCUUCCGCAUCCCGUGGAAGCACGCGGGCAAGCAGGACUACAACCGCGAGGAGGACGCCGCCCUCUUCAAGGCGUGGGCACUGUUUAAGGGAAAGUUCCGGGAAGGCAUCGAUAAGCCGGACCCUCCCACCUGGAAGACCCGCUUGCGAUGCGCUUUGAACAAGAGCAACGACUUCGAGGAGCUGGUGGAGAGGAGCCAGCUGGACAUCUCCGACCCGUACAAAGUGUACAGGAUUGUUCCCGAGGGGGCCAAGAAAGGAGCCAAGCAGCUCACUCUGGAGGACCCGCAGGUAGCCAUCGGACACCCCUACUCCAUGACCACGCCAUAUGCCUCCCUCCCAGCCCAGGUCCAUAACUACAUGAUGCCACCCCACGAUCGCAGCUGGAGGGACUAUGUACCCGACCAGUCACACUCGGACAUCUAUCAGUACCCCGUGCCAUUCAGUCCCCGCAGCCACCACUGGCAAGGCCCAGCUUGUGAAAAUGGUUGCCAGGUGACAGGAACCUUUUAUGCUUGUGCCCCACCCGAAUCCCAGGCUCCCGGAAUCCCCAUAGAGCCAAGCAUAAGGUCUGCCGAAGCCUUGGCCCUCUCAGACUGCCGGUUGCACAUCUGCUUGUACUACCGGGAAAUCUUGGUGAAGGAGGUGACCACGUCCAGCCCUGAAGGCUGCCGGAUCUCCCAUGGACACACCUAUGAUGCCAGCAACCUGGACCCAGUCUUGUUCCCCUACCCAGAGGACAACGGCCAGAGGAAGAACAUCGAGAAGCUGCUGAGCCACCUGGAGCGGGGCGUGGUUCUGUGGAUGGCCCCCGAUGGGCUUUAUGCCAAGAGACUGUGCCAGAGCAGGGUGUACUGGGAUGGGCCCCUGGCGCUGUGCAGCGACCGGCCCAACAAGCUGGAGAGGGACCAGACGUGCAAGCUCUUCGACACGCAGCAGUUUCUGUCAGAGCUGCAGGCCUUUGCUCACGCUCACCACAGCCGACCCCUGCCGCGCUUCCAGGUGACUCUGUGCUUCGGGGAGGAGUUUCCAGAUCCUCAGCGGCAAAGGAAGCUCAUCACGGCCCACGUGGAACCACUCCUAGCCAGACAGCUGUAUUAUUUUGCUCAGCAAAACAGUGGACAUUUCCUGAGGGGUUACGAUUUACCGGAACACAUGAGCAGUCCCGAGGACUACCACAGAUCCAUCCGACAUUCCUCCAUUCCAGAGUGAAAACUGUCAAGACGCCGCGGGCUUUUUAAAUUGUAAGUAUUAGACUUUGACCAGCACAUCCAGGGACUGCCUUCUCUCAGCCCCAGAGCUGAGGGUAAUCACCGCGCACAGUGAGGACAGGGGUAGACGGUCAGCUGCCUCUGAAGGGAGGACGAGCCUGAUCCCGAAGGAACGACAGUCUCCAUUCCGUCCCGCGGCAGACCACUGCACUGUGCCUCCAAUCGCCUGAUCGCCUCGGUUUAUGCCAGGAAAACUCACCACGCCACGGGUUUACCUUCGCCUAAGCUGAAUCUGGAAUAUGGUUCUUAUUUGAAAACUGAGAAACUUGUGUUUUGGCCACUUAAGUGUUUUAUCACUUCUCAGGGCAGCGAAGCCUGGAUGGCAGGCUCUACUGCACUUCCCAGGGAAAUGUCCGAGCUGCUAGGAGCUGUGGUUCACUCCUGUGGAAAUAUUUGCUGAGUGACAGGAGCUGGUCUCAGGGCAGGCGGCCAGGGUCUCUGCGGAGCCCACCCUGCACCCUGAGUCCUCCCCUUGGCCUGCCUGGAAGCCCGUGGGUGAGCUCUGUGGUCCUUUCCUCCAGCCAGAAGACCUGGACUUACUUUCAGAGAGGAAUGUUUAUGGUUUUGUUGUUGUUUCUUGUUCUCUAGAAAUUAUUACUAAGACUUUUUUCUUAAGGAGCAGAAGAUGAAAAAAAAAAACAAAAAAACCCAGUCCAAGUACUGAAGAUGUGUUUUUAAAGUGUGGCCACAUUUCCCCUCUGUUUGUUUUGCUGAGCCGCUGUGGUAUCCAUGGCGACAGGGAGGGAGGAGCCGGGCUCAGGUUGGGAGCGCUGUCAGAAGACCCAAGCCGGACCCUGCCGAUUGUGUAACUGCGCACUCAGGGGCCGUUUCUGCUUAUUUUGUAUAUUAGAUGCUUCCUCAUGCCAACAGUAGUUUGACAGGGCCUUAAAAUGGCUGGACUUUUGCCAGAUCUAUUUUGGAACAGAAUCCCAAAGAUCCCCACUUGCCCAGAUCCCCAGAUCCCUUACCUUCUGUGUCUUGGGAGGAUGGGGUCCUGCAUGUCAGUAUUUUUCCCCCUGCUAUGAAAUAACUGGUGUUACUUCCAGGCUUGGCAGGAGAAUCAAUAGUUCUCAAACGUGUAACUCUCUUGUACUAAACUUUGUUCUGUAAUUCACUCAGCAAACACACAAUAAACGCCUGUGUGUCCUGAGCAUUACACAGGUUGCAGCAUUUACAACACGUCAGCAGUGAAGCCCUGACUGGAGGGUCACUGUAUUUUUACUUUUUAAAAAGGGAUUGCCAAUACUAAAAUAUCACAUAUUGACUGUAGAAAGUGUAAGCAGUCUAGAGUAGAAAAUACAAAAGGCGGCUGGGAUUGGUUCUUCUUUUUUUUGCAACAAAUCCCCUCCCCUCCCAGCCCUGAAGUGCCCACAAGAGGGAUUUUGUGCUCCCUGCUGGCACAGACUUACCUCGCAGCAGCCUGCAGGACCCGCUGCCCAGCGCCUUGCAGCAUGGGUAUCUGUGGGAGGCCAUGUGUCCCCCGAGGGCGGUAACUUAUACAUCUUAUAGAUGCAGAGUAUUUGGGGGUAUAUUAUCCUACGGAAGGUGAUGCUAAAAUUAGGAACUCUGGCUUCCCAGAACCCCCAGCCCAUCGCCUUGCUUGAGUGAGAGCAUUUAACCCAGUGCUGGCAUCUCACUGAAGCUGUCUCCAGGACAUGUCCCUUCCAGGACCUCUAAGCCUUUGUCCUCCAAGGGAUGCUUGAUGUGUAGUGCGGUAUGAACUUUGUAAAACGUAUCUGCUGCUUUAACAGUUAACCACGCUUUCUGAAACAUGCUUGUUGGUUUGGCCCAGAACUCUGCAUACCCACCUGUGCUGAUUUUCUAACCAUGAAUCAGGGUAGAAUCGAACCAGACAGUGAGAGGUCUGGUGAAGAAUCCUGACCGUCGUCUCAGGACUUUGAAAAGGAGUGGUUUCCUCAUUGGUUGUCUCAUGGGAUGUGCACUCCAGAAUUUAGUUUAUGUUAAGUUGCAGAUGCUGCCAAAGCUUUAAAUACAAGUCAGGCUCAAGGGCUCUGGAUGGCCAGGGCGGGGCUGUACUAAUCUCACAGAUGUAUGAGAUGGGUUGUUUGCUCUUGGAAUUUCAUGAGCAAGCACAUCUGCUAGCGCACUGCAGAAACAAGGCCAAAACCUUGAAGUUCUCCAUCCUGAGCAGAACAGAAUGGACACGCUACCGGGACUCCACUGGAACAGCUGGGGUUGAGCUGGGACUGCUCCACUGUGAGGAGGAAUGUAAGCUGAAAAGGAAUCGAAGGACAGGAGGACACCACGGCCAGGAGACUGGGCGUGGGACCAUAGGUAGACCUCAUGCAUCCCUUGCUGCCUGCUGCAGACCAGCCUGACAUGUGACAGUGGUGAAGGUCUCUUCUGCCGUGUAUUUCCACUGCUCUGAGGAACGUGCCCAGAGCUGUAGUCCAAGUGGAGAGAGGGCAGAUGUGGAAAAGCAGAGAGAGACCAACAGGCCAGUCCUGCAAAGGACACUCCUUUUCUGCGUCAGAUUUCUUGAGGUGAUGGGUCCACUUCUCUCCUUCCCCUGCCCACGUUCCCUUUGAGAGAACCGCAGGGGGGGUGGGGUGGGCAGGACCCUGGCUGACCCGGUGUUCUAGGAUUCUCCCCUGUCGGCGGGACCUUGACAGAACAUUCUGUGGACAUUCUCCACACGUGCCAUAGAUUGGAUGUAAAGUUCUUUCAAAGCGGGCUGAUGUUUGUGACAAUGUAAUGUUUUUAGUUAGUCCAUAAAUAAAGACUUUUUUAGAAAAGCA